UCUCUUUCUUUUCCUGCUUCCAAACGCCUUCUUCGAAGCUGAAGCUGGGCAGGUCUCCAAAGGUGCAGCAGCCACAACAAUCCAGCAGUUCAAAGUCAGGCAGCAAUUGCACAACUACCAGCAACUCUCUGAGCCUGCUGCUAAUGAGCUGAAAGCCAGGACCGUCUGAGGAGGUGAAGAGGAAGCUUCCAGCCCUCCUCCCUCCAAUUCGAAAUCCAGAUAUCUCCACCCCCCACCCCAGAUAACUCUGAGAUACGGUCCUUGCUAUUCGCUUGCCUGGGGGACCAUGGCUCCCUUUGGAAGAAAUUUGCUGAAGACUCGGCAUAAAAACAGAUCUCCCACUAAAGACAUGGAUUCAGAAGAGAAGGAAAUUGUGGUUUGGGUUUGCCAAGAAGAGAAGAUUGUCUGUGGGCUAACUAAACGCACCACCUCUGCUGAUGUCAUCCAGGCUUUGCUUGAGGAACAUGAGACUACAUUGGGAGAGAAACGAUUUCUGCUGGGGAAGCCCAGUGAUUACUGCAUCAUAGAAAAGUGGAGAGGCUCAGAACGGGCUCUUCCUCCACUCACUAGAAUCCUGAAGCUUUGGAAAGCUUGGGGAGAGGAGCAGCCCAAUAUGCAAUUUGUUUUGGUUAAAGCAGAUGCUUUCCUUCCAGUUCCACUGUGGCGAACAGCAGAAGCCAAAUUAGUGCAAAACACAGAAAAAGUGUGGGAACUCAGUCCAGCAAAUUACAUGAAGACGUUACCGCCAGAUAAACAAAAGAGAAUAGUCAGAAAAACUUUCCGGAAACUGGCUAAAAUUAAGCAGGACACUGUGUCCCAUGAUCGAGAUAGUAUGGAGACAUUAGUUCAUCUGAUUAUUUCCCAGGACCAUACUAUUCAUCAGCAAGUCAAGAGAAUGAAAGAGCUGGAUCUGGAAAUUGAGAAGUGUGAAGCGAAGUUCCAUCUCGAUAGGGUAGAAAAUGAUGGAGAAAAUUAUGUCCAGGAUGCAUAUUUAAUGCCCAGUUUCAGCGAAGUCAAGCAAAAACUGGACUUGCAUUCGGAUGAAAACCAGAUUCCGGACGACCUGACUGAAAGCGAUGGAAUUGUACACCUGGAGGAGCAAUUAGCAUAUUACAGAAUGCUCAUUGAUAAGCUUUCCGCUGAAAUAGAAAAAGAGGUAAAAAGUGUUUGCACAGAGAUAAAUGAAGAUGCAGAAGGGGCAGCUGCGAGUGAACUUGAAAGCUCUAAUUUAGAAAAUGUUAAGUGUGAUUUGGAGAAAAGCAUGAAAGCCGGUUUGAAAAUCCACUCUCACUUGAGUGGCAUCCAGAAGGAGAUUAAAUACACUGACUCAUUGCUUCAGAUGAAAGCAAAAGAAUAUGAAUUCCUGGCCAAAGAGUUCAGUUCACUUCAUCUUAACAACAAAGAUGGAUGCCAACUGAAGGAAAACAGAGGGAAGGAAUCUGAGGUCCCCAACAGCGGUGGGGAUGGUCCUUCCCUUACUCCGAGAGCACUUAACUUGUAUACAAAUGACACAGACUCAGACACUGGUAUCAGCUCUAACCAUAGUCAGGACUCAGAAACAGCUGUAGGAGACGUGCUGCUUCUGUCAACGUAAUUUGAAUGGCUUCUUUCUGAGCUACUGCAACGUUGUUCACGGUUGUUUAAUAGGAAACCUUAUUUUAAACAUCACGUUCUGAAAAAUGAUGUAAUUCAUGUUAAGUAUCUGGAAGUUAAUAAAAGCUAGAGAAAUUUGUAAGUUUAUUUUUGACUUAAGAUUUCCAAAGUGACCUCAUGAUUACAAGUUUAGACGAUGAGCUGUUUAUUAGGAAUGCAACACAAAUAGCUUGCAGGUGUAUAACAGAAAUGAUUUGAUGGGAAUUAUAAUAUUUUAUAGCUUCUGCAGGAAAUGAUUUAUACAAAUAAAACUAAUUCUUCAUAGUGCAGUCAGUAUAUUGAAACUGUACACGUGAACAAGUAAAAUUAAAAUGUGCUGUACUAUAUUUUUUCAAAGCGCUAUCAUCGGAAUUUUUAAAUCUGUAAAGUACAUGAAAGCUAUUGUAUAGUAAGUGUAUUGAUUCAAGUCUUGGUUUUUCUCAUUGAUGCUUAGAAUGUACAUCAUCUCUGUUCACUUUCUGAACCUCUCUACUUGUUUAGACCUAGACGACAGGAGGUGGGAAAGGCUGCCUUUGGGACAUGUGCAAAUUCUGGCAGUGGAUGGAUGGAUUGGAUGAGAGAGGGCCAAGUGCUGCAUUACAAUAGCAGUUUUUCUAAAGCCUAAAAUUAAUAAAAUUGAAAUAUGCAUGGCCUUUCUCUGACAAAGCAAAUCUUAUCAAACAAAUAACCUGUGCAGGUUUGUUUUGUGAGUGAGGUAUGAUGUGGGUUACCGAGAAAAUCACAGGGUCACAGUUCUGUUUCUUUAUGCCCUGUCUGCAAAAGUCGAAGAGAGGCAACUUGGGGUCCUCUGUGUGGGUAAAAUAGAGGUCUAUCUGCCAUAAGUAUUAGCAUUUUGUCUCUGAACCUACAGAGAGGAGCUCACAUGGACAAAAAUCUUUUAUUCUAGUACACUAGAAUUCAGAUUAUGUUUGUAGAACUUCAUCUAAGGUGCAAACAAAAAAAGUACUAGUUCUAACCCCACUCCUCCCCCAGGGUUGCUGGUAAAUGUCUAACAAAUUGAAUGGCUUGUUUAGAUCCUUCCUUCAGUGACACUCAAUAGUAUGAGACUAGGUUUGGUUUCACCUGGUUUUUAGGUGGGAAGAUUUUUUUUCUCUCUCUCUCCCUUCUUUGCUUCUUACUAGUAAAUACAUGAUGUAAUCAUAUUGAAACAAUUAGUUUACUGUUUUAUUGUACUGUUAAAUACUAUUGCAGUUUAUUUUUUCUUUACCUGACACUUUUCCUAUAUGUCAGUGCACAUGUAAGUAAGCACAUUAUCUUACUUAGUUUGAAUAUAUGGAUAUUGGUGAAGAUCCAGUAUUUCUUUUUUCUUCCCUUUUAUUCCCAAGCUUACUGUAGUGCAUGUUUAACUCAGUUUCUUAGCCUACUUUUUUAUUACUCCAUCCUCCAGGCUUUUCACCAAUCUUUGGGAAGAUACAUAUAAUAUUUUAGUAUUUCACUUUUGGGGAGCAUCUGUGUUAUCAUUUCUUGCACCAAGAUAAUGCUAAAGGCCUUAGUUGAAGUUGGCUGGUAAAGAAAGUACGAAUUUCCAUUCCAGGGAAAAUAUAGUGAUAAUAGAGUAAGUAAUAAGGCUAAUACGGGUUUAAUAGGGAAAAAAAAAGCAGGUUAUUGAAUAGUCAUCUGAGAAAGAGAAAUUUCCAAAAAUCCCAUUAAAUCAUUCAGCAAUGAGGCAAAUUACUGAUAUAUUCAUUGUUCACUACUGGGGAUUAAAUUCAGAAGAUCAUUAUCAAUGAUAAACCAAUUGCAAUGUUGUUCUCCAAAAGUGAAAGCCACUUCUUUGGAUUACUGUUCAGUGAGAAAAUAAUAAAAAGAACAUUAUUUAUCUGCUAUAUGAUAUAAUUAAUUGUCUGAAUUCAAAAGAAGUUCUGAUAAGAAAUAGUAUUAGACUAGAUUUUAGAAUCUUUGAAUUCUGCUUUUAUAUAUAGUUAAGCACAGUGAUACAUUCUAAGAAUUACACUUCUAUAUUUCUACAAUAAUUUAUGUUAAAAACUCUUGUCAGAAAGCAGAAGCAUUGACUUAAAUUCACUUUAGAAUUUCUAGUUGUUCUUUUGUUAUACAAAUGUGUCUGAGCUUCUGAUUCACCAUGGUGCACCUCUAAUUUAGAAUAAUAAUACAAAUAAAUAUACUAAACUAUAAUGCCCUCAUCUCUGGAGACGGAACUAUUCUUUAUUAAAUUGAGAAUCUGAAUUAUAAGUACAGAACUUGAUAGAAACGUUAAUGUUUUAAUCAUGUAGAGAAUCUUUAAAACAAAGUGUUUAUAAAUUAUUGAGUAACCUGACAGGUUAACUAUGAAAUUGGUGUAUGCAGCUAAGAAGUAGCAAACCAAAGCUGACUAUUCUUCCUUCAUGGAACAACUUUGAUUUUCAUAGACUGUACCUUGUUCAUCCUUCCCCUCGGAAUGCCUCUUUUCCCCUCCAUCUGUCAUUUUGUACCCAUUUUGUCUUUUUAACAUGUUAUUUCUUCUAUGAAACAUUUAUUCUGUUCAAUCAGUUGUGAGAUUUCUGAGCCCAGAACUAUUUUAGAUGUACUUUUCAUAGAGGAGCACAUAUAUUACGGCUUAGCUUAUAUUUAUUUAUGGACUUCCCCCUACCAAUGUAUUUUUUAUCAUUUUAUCACCUUAUCUUCUAUCUUGUUAACCAUACUCCCUCCAAUCAACCUCUUUACCUCCUUGCCCAUACUGAAUUUUUGCAUUGAAAUGCUAAAUUUUGAAGGCUGCAACCAUUUUAAAAAUUGUUUCUAAAACAUGGUAAAUAAUGGUCAUGCAUUUUAUAUAUAAAUAUGCAUUUUAGCAGACUUAAAGCAUUAAUAGUAAUCCGACUUAUAGAUUCUUUAGGGGAGACACUAAGUCUUUGUGUUAUUAUGAAAAAAAAUAAAUUGGCAGGGUUUUUUUUAACUUUAUUUUUAAUUCACAGUUACUGAUUUAAGGGAAUGCAAUUAUUGUCUUUGUAAAAGACCUUAAAUUGUUAAAUUAUGGUAUUUUCCUCUGCAUUGUAUGCAUGUAGGGCAAAAAUAUAUUCUGUAGAACUGAAUAUAGUAGUAGACCAAAAAACCCUGAAAUAUCCUAGAUGAAAUAUCUAUUUUAUUUUCUCUUUCUAAUUCAAAAAAUAAAAAAUAAAUGGCCAGUGUGUAGAAGCUAUUCUAAUGCAUUAAAAUUUUAUUUUUAUAUUAUUUAAAUAUCUACUGUGCAUGACAAAAUAUAUUUCUGUGGCUGCAUUUUAUAGUUUUUCAAAGUAGAAUUAUCAUUUUGUUUAGAAUGUAUUUUUCUAGUGACAAAAGGAAUACCUUUUAAUCUAGAUAUAGAUUUUUUAAAAUAUUAGGCUAUUUCUUUUUAUACUACCUGAUUGGUUUAAAAAUCUGAUGUGACAAAUAUAAAGUAUAUAUAAUUUCUUCAAAUGUAACUAAUCCAGAAUAAUAAAAGAAAUAGUUAUACCCUUUCAUGUGAUAUUGUUUGUUUUUUCUGAGUAUGUUAUAUGACAUAU